AUGGGAGUGAGAGAGUAUUUUCUGAUUGAGAAACCAGGGUUUACAUGUGUCUCACUUUUUGUUUGUUCCUUUGUUUUUAUAGGGGGAUAUGAGACCUUCUAUUCAGAAUACCCUGAGUGUUGUGUGGACGUAAAGCCCGUUUCACAAGAGAAGAUCGAAAGUGAGAGAGCCCUCCGUGGCCAGUGUGGAAAACCAGCGCUCAGCAUCAGCUAUAGGCCAGCCUAUGAUCAGGGCGGCCCAGUUGAAAUCCUUCCCUUCCUCUACCUUGGAAGUGCCUAUCAUGCAUCCAAGUGCGAGUUCUUCGCCAACCUGCACAUCACGGCCCUGCUGAAUGUCUCCCGCCGCACCUCUGAGGCCUGCACAUCCCACCUACACUACAAGUGGAUCCCCGUGGAAGACAGCCACACUGCUGACAUCAGCUCCCACUUUCAGGAAGCAAUAGACUUCAUUGACUGUGUCAGGGAAGAGGGAGGCAAGGUCCUGGUCCACUGUGAGGCUGGGGUCUCCCGGUCACCCACUAUCUGCAUGGCUUACCUCAUGAAGACCAAGCAGUUCCGCCUGAAGGAGGCCUUCGAUUAUAUCAAGCAGAGGAGGAGCGUGAUCUCACCCAACUUCGGCUUCAUGGGCCAGCUCCUCCAGUAUGAAUCUGAGAUCCUGCCUUCCACGCCCAAGCCCCAGCCUUCCUCCUGCCAAGGGGAGGCAGCAGGCUCCUCAUUUACAGACCACUUGCAGACUCUGAGCCCUGACGUGCAGGGUACUUACUGCGCAUUCCCUACCUCGGUGCUGGCACCAGUGCCCACCCUCUCGACGGUGGCCACAGCCUCGUCCUGCUGAGACUUGGAUGGGGUGCCGGCCCAGCCCCAAGAGCAACUGUGAUUUUGUUGAAGUUUGUGAACAUUUCAUUCCUGGGCAGUGCUGAAGACCUCUGUCUGUCACACUGCCCGGGUGAGAUGGUGAGUGGUCCCCAGGCUUGCGGCACAGAAGAACUUCAGACUGACCUCGAGGAUAGGUCCGUGGGAUGGAAGGAGGGCCGAGCCAUUAGGACAGUACAGUUUGUGCUCACUACUGUACUUCCAGACCCCCUGCCCUCUCAGGACUGCCCAGUCCUUGCACCUCAAAGUUCGCCUUUGCAUUUCAAGUGUAAGGCAAUAAAUACCUACAGCAACAUGGGAAAGAGAAGUUGCUGGACUAGGAGAAAAGGCAGUUACAAAGCCAAUUCAUCUUGAAGGAAGCACAAUUUCCACCUUAUUUUUUGAACUUUGGCAAUCUCCGUGUCUGUCUUCGUUGCUUUAGGGCAUAAGUGGAUCCCUGCCUUGUCAGGAAAGUACCCCCAUUGGGUUAGGAAUACGACGUCUGUGCCACUUUGAACCCUGAAAUGUUUUGAAGAUUCCUUUUGGGCCCAGGGGAGUAGCUGGGUGUCGUUUUCCGCUGUGGGUUCUUCCUGACCUUGGACUUUGGCACGAUUCUUAUUCAUACUUGAACCUGUCUCCUCGCACCUCUCUUUGGAGCAACUCUGGUGUCAUUCGUGAAGUUUUCAGACCAUUGGCCUAAAGUCACCUCUGCAGUGGUGGCAGUGGGUACCUGGAGAAAAGCGUGUUCUGGGUCAGUGGCACUGAAAAUAGUCACUCUUCAGCCUGCUGGGUCCUCUUUGUGCUUAUGUCUCAUCUCUGUGACACUUAUUUUGCUCCCUGCCCCUGGGGUUGUCUUCAAGCUACUGACUUCUGGGAUUUACAGAUUUUGCAGUGUGGUACUUCUUUUUGGUCUAGGUUAUUUCUCCAGGGGAAAAGGCAAUAAUUUCUUAAAACCCAUGUGAAUGUGAAGAAAAGCGGUAUGUUACUGGUUGUUUGUUUUUUUUUUUUAAUAGUGCAAAAUAAAAGUAGAU